GAAAACGGAUGGGGUUGAGGAGGGCUUGACCCAGGUGACCGUAUGACAGAAAUAAGAAGGGAAAGGUGAGGAUAAUGAGGAGCUCUGGUGCUUGGAUUUGUUCAGUGAACUUUCAAGAACUUUCAGGUUCUGAGAUGCUCUCCGGUUCUGAGGACUGUGGUGUUUGCAGACAUGAAGAAGACUCGGACUGAGGGGGUUUUCCUCACAGUGCUCUCUCUUAGAGUUCUCUGUCACUGCAGUCCACGCCACGCCAGAUGGGUUAUCCUGCAGCCAUAUUCAAGUUGUGUCAAGCCACGCCCACCUAAUCUGUUCUUGAGGGGGAUUGUCAGGGCCAUCCUUCCUGUUCCUGUGGAGGGUGACCAGGGCCACUCCUUCAUGUUCCCUUUCCCUGAGGAUGGUCGACGCUCAUCCACAUUUGGCUGUACUUCCUGUUCUGGUGGAGGGUUGCCGGGACUGCUCCCCUUCAUGUCUGUUCCUGAGGAGGGGUUCUGAUACCCCUCACAUUUGUCUGGCUGCAGGACCCCUGAAUCGUUUCUGGCCUUGCUUUUGUCUUGUUCCUCCAUGUCCCCUACUGGGAAGCGUUUUGUUUUUUUGGGGGGGCAUCUGGAAUCUACCCUCUGGAGAGGGGUACUGUGAGGAUUCUGUGGUUUAGUUUGGAUUUUGUUAUAUUUGAUCAUGUUCUAAGUUGGCCUUGUACGUCACAUUAGUUUCAGGUUUGCCAAGAUCCACAGCUGUCUUAGGUUCAGUUAAUUGCCCCCAGCCUAUGUAAGUGUCUCGUUUUCAGUUAUUCAUUUUCAGGUUGUCUGCUCUGUUCUGCUACGUCACUGGUUUGAUCUUCCAUGUUUUUGUCAAGUUUAAGUUUAUUUAGUAAAUCUUUAAGUUUCCGCCACCAAGUCUGGUCUACCACAUUUGGAUCCUUCACCACCAUCCCUGAUAGGAAGUGUGAAGGCAUUUGGGUUCAAAGCCAUUCAUUUGGUCAUAUGACAGCCGUGACGGCCUAAGGCUAAGGGGGGGGGGGCGUCAUUCAUGUCCAGCCCCCUCCAGGAGCUGGAGGUAUGACAUCAACACCAAUAAUGAAGGCAGCUCAUCAGCGGCGGACAGCAGGGCUAUAAAAGGAACCUGAAGAGUUCAGGGCUGAUCAUUACCGAGAAACCAACUGCAGAUCCAGAGGGGCCCACCGAUGAGACCAAAAUCACAGUGUGAUCUUUACCAGGCUGUGGAGAACCCGUCCUCUCACCAGAUCAUCAAGAUUUGCCUGAAAAGCAUGAAUUACAGAGUCCUUCUCAUCUCCCUUUGCAUCAUGCAUCUCUCCAUUCACUGUCAAGGACGACCUCUGAGCAAAAGGACGGUGAGUGAAAUGCAGCUUAUGCACAACCUGGGGCAGCACAAGCAGUUGGAGGACCGCCGGGAGUGGCUGCUGAUGAGAGUCCGCGGCAUUCACAACCCCGCGGGCGGGCCGGGCGGCGGGGACGCGGAGGCCCGGCGCAGGAGGAGGCUGCGGCCGGAGGAGCUGAGCGGGCUGGACGGGCUGACCGCCGAGGACAUCCGGGACGCCCUGGACCUCCUGGAACACCUGUUCGAGCCCAAGCAGACCUGAUCUGCUCGACUAUGAUGGAAACAUUUCCACCAGAUUUUGUAUCUGUUCGCUUCUGUGAUGUUUAGCGUAUUUAUUUAGCUUAAUUUAUCAAACUAGUAUUUAUGAGACAGUGCUUUAAUGAAGCAAGCCUCCUAAAGAGUCUGCACUUUUACUGUAGUUUUGUUGAGACAAACACUUGAAUGAAUAGGACCAACUAACUCGCUUCAUAAAGCCCUCAAGGCCCAAUUAGUGUUUUAUAAAGGUAUUUAUAUAAUUUCAAUUUCAGUCAAUGUUAAGGUCUAAAAUAUUUUUUGUAAAGGUU